AAAAAACAUGGCUGACAACCAGACAUCCGACACAACGUCCAGUAGCACUGGAACUUCUUCAGGCUCUCAAAGCGUUCCAUCUUCAGCGAGUAUGGAGUCUGGUAGCACAGCUCCUACUCUUCCCACUCAGGACAUUGUGGACGGAAUGUCGGACGAGGACGAGGCGAAAAUCUCAAUUUGGGGAAGAUUGUUUCCCCUGGGUAUUGGCUUCGAGAAAGUCGGUAAGAUGUUUUGUACUUGUAACAAGAAUGUAACUGCUGAGGUCACUGUCAUGGAACAUUGUUUUACUAAUUUAAAUUAAAAUUAAUAGCAUGUAAAACUGAAGCAAUAAUUUCUCCAAAAUGCGAGGUGGGCCGCAUUAAAUACCAACUUUAUACCAAGCUGAAUAUUCGCGUGAUUUGCUAAGCUUAUUUGCGCGACUGCGCGCACGCUGUAUUUACUAACCUUGUUUUUAAUAUAAUUAUUUACUGAUUUUCUUGUUUGUUUACAAUUGACUUGACACAAGUGAAGAUGAGUGGAAGUGCCACUGGAAAAAUAAAGCUAGAGUAGUUUACACGCACAACUUGACAAAUGGAGUCAAAUUUCUGGAAGACAGGCAAAGUCCGGGAAUUAAGAGGUGGGGUGGGGGGGAGCACUCUUGGAACUCCCUGAGCCAUAAGUUGAUAAAAGAUACAUGUACAUCCCUAAUACUUGGCCAUCAUCGUGUAACAGUACAAACGUGAUCCAGAUUCUUAAAGAUUAGCAGCCAACAUUUUAAUCCACUGUCCUUUCUCUCCCUCCUCCCCCUAUUUAUAAUCCUGCUCUGCUGCAAGAAAAUAUUUCUUUGUAUUGAUUGCACUCUAGAUCUUGAAAAGGAUGUGAACUUGUUUGGUCGUGGCACAAACAAUGACUUCUGUUAUCAACCACGGUAUUUUAAAAGAAAUCCUAACUACCAAGCAAUCAGCACAAAGCAUUUCAAGCUAUAUAGGGUAUGUUACUUGAUAUUAUACUGUACAGUCAUUGACAUAUAAAACUUAAAAACACAUCAAUCUUAAAUUUAUUUAGUUGAGUCCUGAAGUAGAAACCUCUCUGCACUUUUAAUACACAGUUUCAAAAGAUUUUCAUGCAGUUGAUUAUUUCUUAAACCUUCAGUUUUUCUAUCUCUCUUUCAAUUGAACCAAACCUGACUUUCCAGUCAAACACUGUUGUUUUUAUCAUCUCCCACUUUCUUUGUACCCCUUGACAAUUUAAAAAAACCAGUGUCAGCUCCAAGCUAUAGACCAUAUUAAUGGAAGUUCUUUUAUUGUUUCUCUAAAACGGCCAGCAUCAGGACCAAACCAACUGUUGAUCUCAUAGAGGUGUCUCAAAAAUGGCAGGGUCCAAGGCACCACCUCUAUGUGUCUGUCUUUGUAAGGGUGUCCAUUUUAUAGAGAUCUUCAUUAAGAAAGAGUUGACUGUAUGUUUACUAGCCUCACUAGCCUAUUGUCUAGAGAUUGAAAAUUCUUUUGAACACACAUUCCGUUGAAGCUAAUAAAGCUCAUGAUAUUAGUUGGCUACCAUUCAUGAGCUUUGGUUUUUUCAAAUAAUUUGUUUAUGCAAAGAGGGAUUAAUAGUUGUCUAUUUCCAUCAUGCUCUUUACUUUUGUUUAUGCUAUGGUUAGAAAAAGUGAUGCCUGUUUCGAAAUUUUAUUCUUAGAUCUUGGAAAAAUAGAUAUUUUCUUAAUAUACCAGAAGUACAAUGUUUGCUGAAAUCAAGUAUUCUUAAUAUAUUUAUUUUAGGAAUGGAAUUCAGAACGGACAUCAUUCAAUGUAUUUAUAACUGACCUUAGGUGAGUAGAACACUUCUUAAAACAAGGAGAACGGCUAUUUUAGUCUAGAGUCCUACACAUGUUUGUCAAAUUUUCCUGGUUUCAAAGCUAAGACAAAGAAAUAUCUUGAUUGUUAUUGUGAUGAACCUUCAGGUAAUUUGUUAUUUACACAUACUUGCAUUCUUUUUCAGUUCCAAUGGAACAUUUGUAAAUGGGGAAAAGAUUGGUAAAUAAUAUGAUUGUUUACUGCUUAAACCUUAGUUGUCAAUCUUAAGAUACAUCAUUUGCAUUCUGUAUUGAAUUCUGCCAUCUUAUACUAUAUAUAUAGUCUUGAAAAUCACCUUAAAUACUAAAGGGACAGACCCAAGUGUAUACAUCAUAGAGGUUUCUGCAAAAGAGGAAUAAGUAUUUUUUAUCUUUAGGACCAAGAAAUCUCCUUGUAUUAUUGAGAUGUGUCUAUAGAUGAGCCAUUAUUGAGGUUUUGUAGCACGAGUUAAGAAUUAACUACAGUAACUCUUGUAAGUUUCUUCAUGUGUAUAUGUACUUCAUUAUUUUAUUCUAUCAUUUUUUCUCCCUGUCAGGUAAAAAUAAUACACAUCCUCUAAAAAACAAUGAUGAGAUAUCAUUAUCUUUAAAAAAACAUAAGGGUAAGGAGUUCAUUUGCAUUUUAACUUCAACUUUCCACGAUAAAUCCGUUAUUAAACCCUCCUCUUGCAUAAGGCCCACCUUUUCAGGGAAAGAAAGUGUGACAAGCUCUACCUUGCUACACCACUCUGGUACAACAGCGAUGCAAAAUCACUCUUACAAAAAUGCCGCUGUGGAAAAAAAAAAUCAUUGGCAAUUUAUUUUUGCAGGACUUGUUGUCCCUCCAUUUUUUGUUUCAAUAUGACCACUGACAUGAUGUUAGGUAGACAAUUUAGUUUGACUCUGGCAGGAUGUCUAAAUUGAAGUUGUGCUUCUGCCAAACCCAUAAAUUAUUACCCUUGUAAAAAUUUAUUAGCGAUUUCUGUCAAAAUCGCGUAGCGUUUUUGGCCGGAUUUCGCAGCGCGAUCGCUGCGUUAUUCGCGGAGCGAUGGGAGCGAUCGCGGUGCGAUCGCUGUCAUCAAUCGCUUAGCGUUUUUGGCCGGAUUUCGCGCCGCGAUGAGAGCGAACACUCAGCGAUCGCUGUCGUCGAUCGCUUAGCGUUUUUGGCCGGAUUUCGCGGGCGCGAUGAGAGCGAUCGCUGAGCGAUCGCUGUCAUCAAUCGCUUAGCGCGGGUCGGAUUUCGCUGGGGCGCCGAUGAGAGCUUUAUCGCGCCGCAAUCGCUGUCAUCAAUCGCUUAGCGCUUUUUGGAUUUCGCGCCGCGAUCGCUGUCAUUAAUCGCUACGCCUUUUGGCCGCCGGGCGAGAUCGCAGUGACGCUCAGCGAUCGCUGUUGUCGAUCGCUAGCAUUUUUGGUCGAGGUUCGCGCGCCGAUUGAACGAUCGCGCCGCCGAUCGCUGUCAUCGAUCGCAGAUGGUUUUCGGCCGGAUUUCGUUGCGAUCACGGUCCGGACGAAAAAGACAUAAAUGAGUAUUUUUAUCUCAGAAGAAGAGCAGUGAGCUGAAAUUUGUCCUGAAAGUUGCAGUAACAUUUUACUAACUUGUGACAAACGGAGAGCUUCUGAGCUUUUUAAAAAAAUCGUGCAUCAUAGAAAAUGACCGCUCCGUUUGAAAGCCCCUGGUCCGGCCACUUUGGCCACUUUAAUUGGAAGCCGACAUCAAAAGUGCGUAAAAAGAAACCUUCCAAACACCAUCUGAUCUAAAUUCCUGUAUAUUUUUUAUAGGCUGCUCACUUAAAAUUCGAAACCAAACUGAGAUUUCUGUGUAAAGAGCUAACGUUUGGUCUCUCGAAGAAACUAAACCGUGAAAAGGUCAAUUCGCCACCAUUUUAAAUGAAUUCAAUCAAAGUUCAGUCAAUCAGAAAAUGUUGUCUAAGUCAUGCCGCAACCGAAAAGCAUGCGUCAUAAUGCACGUGCAGGACGUGCAGAGUAAUAUUUUCCUUGUUAGGCCCAUUGCUUGCCAAGUUUUUUGACUUUGCUAAAUGCUACAGCUCCCAACUGAAAUAUAAGUUUCAUUUUAUGGCCUUCUAUAUCACUGCUUAAUAAAUAAAGUGCAGUGUUACUGGGAAAUUUUCAAACAGGCUUUCCCUUUUCAAUCACUAUUUGGCUAGUUUAGCCGGACCAAGGACAUAGUGCGCAAAAUUUAUUUUGGAAUAUUAUCUUAACUUUGGUUUUAAAAUUCAACUAGUCGACCGAAUUUUUUUUUUUUUGCAAGUCGAGAGAACAUUUCUUGUAUGCCGUGUACACCAAAAAUUAGCUUUCUUAACACUUAAUUGCAUAUACCUGAACUAAAAAUGCAUCCAAGUAAUUUAAGGCGCCAUAAAAAAAGCAAAAAUAACAGAACAAAAUUCACCUACGACAAUCGACCUUCAGAAGGCAAACAGAUCAAUAAAAAAUCGGAAAGUUUCUUUUGUAGUUUAACCUUAUUUUCUUCCCGAAAAUUACGUACGUCACAAAUUAAAACGGGCCGGAACUUAUCCGAACUUAUCCGAACUUAUCUAGGAAAGAUCGAAGCUACUCAGUCUGCAAGCAGGGUAGUAUAAAUCAUGUCAAGAUAAAGCUAAAUUUUCAACUUAAACGGGUCUAAAUAGGGAAUGAAUUUUCAAAAGAAAGGUCUUAUGUGAGAGUUCAGUGAAUCGUGUUUUUUAUUUUUAGCUAAGCGUGAGCAGAGUAAAACGUUUUAUAUCCUGAAGUUUUGAGAUAAUGAAACCGCCUAUAUGCAUUGGUUUCUUUUCUUUUGACCCACUUGUCCAUGUCUUCAGAUAGGUUCAAAUCCUAUUAGGGAUAAAAAUAUUUUUUCUUUUUUCCUCACGCUAAUGAUAUGUUUCAUGUUCAUUUACCGUGCUUAAAUAUUCUCACUGAAAUUCUCCAUACUUCUUUAUUAAGCCAAUUUAAUGUGACGUCCCACAAUUGUUUUGUCUUCAGCCUAAACGUUAACUUUGAAAUUUAGAUAAUGUACAAACUGAGUACUCACAACUGUUGUCUUUGCCAGAUUAAUUGUUGCUGCAGAAUAUUCAAGAGGCCAUCAUGGCUCUUGGUAUAUUGCCAUGUUUAUGCCCCACAGUACGUCCAGAGUGGUUUUCCUGUUGAGAAAUUAAAACCAGUUAACCAAGAGAGUUAUUCCCGAAAUCAGAGUAUUGAUAUAUUCAAAUCAAGACAAAUCACUGAGUUGUCCAGCUCAAGUAGCUUAAGACUUACACCCCUCGAAGGAUAUAAAAAAAUGAGCUAAAAAACGAAGGCUCCAAAAUCAGAAGUUUUGCUUUCUCGAACUAUUAAAAGUAGCUCGAAUUUUUUUAGCUUUUGUUUGUUUGAGAAGCCUAAUAAAAAGGCUAACCUUAAUUGUGUUAUAAACUAUGAAACGUGCUGGAAAGUAUAAAAUCGACAACACCGAAUGAAUAUCAAGCUUAACCUUAAUUGGGUUUAAAAUUAAACUUAGUGAUAAUAAGAAGUGAGUAGACUUACCUUUUUAAAUACGUUUCUUUGUUUGAACUUUCAACAUGUCAAAAGAAUCAUUAAGAAAAAUUUUCCAAUGUUUAAACAGCAAUAAACGGCCAUCGCCAAUUGCAUGACAAGUGAAAUGGUUGAAAUGGAGAGCAAUUUUUUUUCAAGGUACGCGUCAGCCUUGAAUCUUGGCCACCCGCGUCGCAGUGGCGGGAAAUCGGAUUUUGGAAUCCAGUCCCCAGGGGCGCGAUCCAUUUAACCAAAAUUUCCGGAAUAUUUUGGUCCAAAACUCAAUGGAUCGGUUCGGUCCAACCGGAAAAGUUUCGAAAAAACGGGUCCACCUUUUUAGGUGGACCAAUUUUCCCGGUCGGACCGGUUGGAAUUGUGGUUGAAUGGAUCGCACCCCAAUACUCUGGAUUAAACCGUCACGUACAUGCAGGAUUUUAAGGACCAUUAAGUAAAAAUCAUGUUGAUUACAUCCUUAUAUACAGCAGCUUAAGGCCUGGAGCGUAACAGAAAUUCAUCCUUGGGCUUAAAAUGACUCAAUUAGAGGUGAGCGAGAAAAGGUUUCCUAGCUUUUUGUUAAUGUAACUCUGGUCAAAAACACAAGGAAAACCGUGCCUUCUCUAGAAACCGAGUAAGUUCUAACAAACUGAAAAUGACUGUUAUUAUAAGCUUAUAGUUUUUCCGAAUGUUCGACCACCCGAUAUUGAUAUAUUUCUGUAGUCUUUUAGUUACUUAACUUUCCAGUGUUUUAUUAUAAUAUUAUUACUAUUUUGCCUACCCUAAUAAUUUUCACAAUCGCAAGUUUUGAAGAACAACAUAAUGGAAUAUAAAAAUAAAAUAAUAUGCCCGGCAGCCGGGAAGGGUCUAAGCUGCACGGCAGUCAGAAUGUUUUUUUGAUUUUCUUCAAAAUCCCUUUUUCUAAAUAUAAUCGUUUGAAAGUAUUAUAUCUUCGUUUAGAAUUACCAAGGGAUUAGGAAACAGGAAUGGCUUAGCAGUAGAGCGGUUGUGGUUUCUUGGGCAUAGAGCCUGAGAGUCGACGCCGUUUCGACACUUAGAAACAUUCGAGACUCACGGGUACGUUUUCGCACGGGCUAAAUAUCCGGAAGUUUGAAAGCCAUCUGGAAAGUUAGAAAGCCUGUUAGUAAGCCAAAGGAUGCAUACUAGCCUCCAUUAGUUUUCCAACGCAAUAACGAAAAUAUUAAGUGCUUUCACUAUGAAACCUUAGAGUGAAUGCACUCCGCCGUGUGAAUCAACUAACGUGUGGAAAAAAAGGGCGCAAAGGCAAACGCAGUGCGAAUUACGGCCCAUAACAAACGGGAAAGGUGGUCCCUGAUAACACCAAAUUAAAUAUAGCCAGUUAUAAAAAAAACAACUAACGAGUCACGAACGAUAAGGAAUAACAAGACGAGCUAGUAACCAGACUAAAAGGGGCGUAAAAGACGUGAGAGCUCGAACAGAAUAAUAACCAUACAACUGACUUAUAACAGAAAUCGCGACGAUAACUGUGAUCCUCGGUUAUCUCCUUCGGGAUGUAAAUGGCACUGAGAUUGCGGACGCGAACUUAAUUAGAAUUGAUCGUGAUCACCACCUGGCGAUCGCGAUUACUGCACCACGAUCGAGAGCAAUAUGGCACUCGAAGAUCGCCGAUUACAACUUAACUAAAUCGCACCGCGAUCGUAAUCACCGCUUCGCAGUAAGUACAAUGCCCCUGCGAUCGCGAUUACCAAACCGGGAUCGUAGUCCUGACAUAUAAAUCACGGAUUUGACUUUACUAAAUCAAGCCGCGAUCGUGAUCACCACGUCGCGAUAAGUACAAUGUCGCUGCCAUAGCGGAUACUAUUUUUCAAAAUCGCACGACCCCAUAAGCUGCGUAGCGUUUAAUAUCAUCGAGCUAAAAUAAAAACUGUCUGUCUUCGCGAUCUCAAUCAUCUUCCUGCGAUCAUGAUCAUUCCGCUGAGAUCGCUAUAACUUCGCCACGAUCGCUCUAUCUUCACCAUCCUGACCCUGAGAUCGCGGAUAAUAUUUUUCUGAAUCGCGCCGCGAUCGUAAUCUUCUUCCUGCGAUCACGAUCAUCGGGCUGAGAUCGUUAUAACUUCACCGCGAUCGCGAUUUCAUCGCCAGCAUUGCAAUCCUAAUUACCUACGAUUUUUCAAAAUUGCGCCGUUUAUAAUAUCAACUUCUGCAUGGCAGACGAAAGUGUAUAAACUGGAUCAUAGAAUAAUCACGGUUAUGUAAUACUCUGUCUACCAUCUUUUGAAAGGUUUAUAUUAAACCUGUAAGGUUGGCUUAAGUGGUUUAGCAUGCUUUUUUGCUUAGAGUUACCAGCCUAACUCCAGUUUUCAAUAACCAGCCCUUACAGCUCAUUCUCACUUUGUGUGUCCUGCAACAAGUCCAGUGCAGUAUCGGAAAAACAUACUCUCUUUACAAGAAUUAAAUAGGAGAAUUUUUUCUUUUUUUAAUUUGCAGCUUAUGUAUUUCAAAACAUCAGCCAGGCUGAUGAAGAAUUUAAGUCUCUUCCCGAGGUAAAGUCAGUAACAGUCAUUAUGACAACUUGCUCUUAAAAGUCAUGGUUACCCAUUAUAGUAAACAUUAAGCUUAACUUAAUCUGUUCAAUACAUCUGUGUUAAUUGCAGGAGUUAAUGGAGAAAUAUAUUUUGUCAAAAUCCAUCGGGCGGUGAGUUAGUAAAAAAGGGAUUUUACUGAUUUGUUCUCUGACUUUGAUCAGUAUUUAUAUGUUUUUGUUCUCUGAAGGGCAAUAUUACACACUUCAUGUGAGAUCUUGGGGGAACAGUUAGUUUUGUUUUCCCAAGACAAAGUCAAGGGAAACAUCAGGACUCAAAGGAAAGCCAGUCUAGCUUGUUUCCUGAGGGACCUGACAUUAAGUGUUUUGUUAUAUUUCUAGAUAGACUUUCCCUUCAACGGUGACAAAGGAAAUUUAAUUCUCAAAACCUCUGAAUGAAUGAUUUACAAAGUACUUUCCUUAUAUUAUCUGCAUCUUUUUCCUCCACCAGCUGCUGUUUCUCUUCUGGGAUAUCUUUGAAAAUUGUUGCUUUUUAGCUUGAGGCUUCAUGUUUGUGUUGUUGUGUUCAUUCCCAAAAGUGAAAACUGGUAGUGUUUUUCCCACCUUCUGUCACGCCACUUUCCACCAUGCUUUUGAUCAUGUGCUGUAAUGUAUCCCGAGCGGAGUACAAUAUUAUUGCUCAAAUGUAUCUACAUUAUUUUGAUUUUAGUCAAGGCCAUCAGUGACUAAGAAUCUAUCAAUGGCAGUCCCUGUUUAGUUGAGUGAAAGUCUAGGAAUAAAACAAUGCCUUCUAUAUAUGUAGCUGUGCGUAAAAUUUUGUAACAGCUGUCAUUCAUUCAUAUCAGUUUUGAUAACCUGGCCCUGUCUCCUUUUUUUUAGUGGAGCUUGUGGUGAAGUCCGACUUGCGUUCAGCAAAGGGGAUUGUCAAAAGUUCGCUGUGAAGAUCAUCAGCAAGAAGAAGUUCUCAGUUGGGGUAUUUUCAUCUUACUUCCAUUAAUUUUAACUGAACCAGUCAUGCAGUAGGGUAGACCACUGACAACCCUGCUGUAUUUAAAAUGUGUUCUGUAACAACCUAGCAUGCACCUAAUGAACAAACUUUACAUGUUAUUUAAUUUUUCCUCAUAAAACUGGCUCACUAGGUUCUCUGCAAUAUAUAUUCUGUUUUGGUUAUUCAAACUAAUGGCCAUAUAUUCUCUUUCUGUGCUAACUGUGUUUUAUUUUAUCUUUUAUAAAAAUGUUCUUGAAUUUAGAAAGAUGCUAUUUUGUAACUGCAGCUAUUGUAAUUUUGUUUGUUUGUUUGUUUUUUUUUUAUUUGUUACAGCCCAAACAAGCAGCAAUGAGGGAUGAGGUUGAAAUACUAAAGAAGCUUCAUCAUGUAAUAAUUAUUUUUUCAUCGCUACUUUUUAGCUUGAAGCCUUUAAAUUCAACAUUUAAUUUGUUAUGUAGGCACCAUUUCUGCCCCUCACUGACUGUAAAAUUAAAUGAUUAAUUUUUGUUUUUGUUUCAGCCAUGUGUGAUCAGAAUUGAGGACGUUUUUGAAACACCUGAAGUCCUGUACAUUAUUCUUGAGCUGUACCAUUCCAUGAAACACUCCACAUCAAAUAUGUCUUUUAUUAGUCUUUUUCUUGUUUCGUAUAUUGAAAGUGAAUAUAAGGAGUCUAAGGUUUUACAUGAAUGGAGGCAUUGGUUGUCAACAUGUUGGACUUGGAUCAGGAUGUAGGCCUGAGUUCAAGCCUUUUUCUCACAGUUUUUCCUUGAACAAGAAACUCCACUCCAUUUUGUCUUGCCUCCAUACCCACCAGUAUGGCUGUCAUUAAGGUUUUUAAGUCUCUCAGGGAAGGUAGCCAGUCUUUUAUCCCACAAAUUCUCUUAUAUUUGGUAUUGUUUGACCCAUUUUCAAACUAACAGUGGCUGGUUGAUGUUACUGCAGCAGCCAGUUAAAAAACCCAGGUGCUGGCUACUAAUGAUAGCCCUGACCAGGUGUAUAAAUGGGUGCAUGCUGGUGACAUAUUGUUGGGAUUACUCUGCAACUGAUGAGCAUCCCAUCCAGGGGGCGGGGAAAAGCAAUGGUGCCUCAAUUGCUACUGAAACAGCAAUAAGGUGCAGCCAUUUGAGCUCCGUUGGCUUGUACUGUGCCUUCACCUUAAUAAUAUUGGGUUUUGUAGUAAUGGUUAGUGCUGUGACGGUCACCGGUUGUCAUGUGGCCAGAUUGACGUCGCAUCAGGAGCACCCAAUGCCAAAAGGUCACCUAGAAUUUUCAGGAGCCUUUUUUCUGGUUGAAAUUUCCAAAAAGGUAAGUUUUGAUCCAUAUAAUGUUCGGAUCACUAGACUUUCAGCUAGGAAAUCUGAACAGAUGAAAAAUUUUUAGGUGAUAAAAAUGUGCCUGUAUCUACCGUUUAAAUACUAAAAUAUGUUGAACAAUGCUAUAUAUAAGUGGUUUUGAACUAUAUUCUUGUUGGGUGCCCCUGGUUGCGUGCUGACAAUUCAACAAACUACAUGCACUCACUGAAUGGAAUGAGGUUGAACCAAUCUUUCUAGCUGUAAUUCUUUGGAAACUAAGAUGGUUUGCAUUGUACCUUCUUUUGAAAGAUAGAUUUUAUGACAAACCUUAUCUUUUAUUGUGGUGUCUCUGUUUUUGUUCCAUUAUUCUUUCAUUAUGCUAGUGUGGAAGGGGGAGAACUGUUUGACAGAAUUGUCAGUGUUACAAGGUUUGAAGAACCCACUGCUAAGCUGUUAUUUUAUCAGAUGCUUGUUGCUGUUAAGGUUUGAUGGUUUUCUUUUUUUCAAAAACAAGCACAAGUACCUGGCUUAAUUUCCAUUAAAUUUUGUCUUUUAUCUAACAGUACAUAUUUUUGGAAAUAAUACCAGUGAAAUAAAAAAUUAAUAUACAUACAGUAUGAACAGAGAAAAUUAAUAGAUGAAUGUUCAUACAUAUCCCGAUCCCUAUGUUUUUGUAUAGUGGCAUGAGCAGGCAGUGUUAAGCAGUCUAGCAAACAAAAAAUGGCGAGGAAAAACUAUGAGGAAACUGAGAAAAGUGGGCAAAGGAACUUCCUCUCACCCUACCUACCUUAAGUUCCCUCCUUGUUUUCUUGUCUCUUUCAUGUUUUCUUUUAAUAAUUAUUUACACUGUCUUUGCUAUCGACACUGUUUCCAUUAUCUGAAUACGUGGAACAUUCUUUACAUGUGUAUACUGCAGCUCUCCUAUUUUGCAUUUUGCCAGCCUCAAUAACAAACAUUUCUGUGUAGAAAUAAGUAUCAUGGCUUUUGUCCAUUGUAAUACCUGUACAGCUUUUUUGCUGUGUCAUUUUGUAAUUCGGAAGGCCUUAUGUGAAUAUAACUCAUCAGUUUCAUCAGAAAUUAAAUCAGUAAGACCUUAAAUGGGCAAUUCCAGAAAAUAUCCAUACCAAACCACGGACGGCUUCCAUGUUUUAUCCCCCCCUUGCCUUCGGAAAUUCCAAAAUGUGUUACCCCCCCAUGCCUUCAGAAUUCCAUAAUCGUGAACCCCCCCUCCCCUUCAGAAUUUCCGUUUUUUUGGAAGUACAUUUUCGACUUAGCAACUUCUAUAUGAACAAACGAACAUAAAUUUAUGCCUCCUCAAGGCUGUGAUCUACCGACGCCUGGCGACAUGCUUUACUCUAACCUACCACUGGUAGCCAGGCUGUGCAAACUCCCUUUUAGGUCCGAAUUUGGCUAUAAAAAUAAACACCACUAACGGCAAUUUUACUCCUCUUUGUUUUCUUGUGCUGUUUUGACGUUUACAAAGGAAAAUAGCUCAAAUUCAGACUGUUAAAAUCUUUCGGCGGUCAAAUAUACUGUCGAGGCGUGUUGCGUCCUUUUAUGCGUCAUGUAGUGUGCACGAAAAGUGUUCUAAUCUGACAGGCGUUCCUUGAAAGCCAGGGACUGGUGCGAGUUUUUUUACAUCAGACGGGAGUAACAAGAAACUUGCAAGCAGGAAGAUACAUAUUCAGUUUUUUUUUUCAUGUGACAAGAAAUUCAUCAAGGUUAAUGUGAAACCCAUGUUUUACUGUUCACUUCUAUAAGUUAUGAGCGUAAACACGUGUCUGAUCUAUCGAUGCUUGUCUUCUGCUUCCGCGGUCAUACGUUCGUGGUUUAUUUACGAACUACAAAAGUCCACAACAAUAGCGUUUUCAAGGAACUCACUCUACACUUUCUACUCCAGAAAUCCCACCUGUGGAAUUCCCCCAUGCCUUCGGAUUUCCAAUCGUAAAUACCCCCCCAUGCCCUCAGAAUUCCAUAAUCGUGAACCCCCCCUCCCCUUCGGAAAUGCUAAAAGCCGUCCGUGGUAUGGUAUGGAUAUUUUCUGGAAUCGCCCAAUUUGUCUGACAUUUUCAUUUCCUUUUUCCUUUAAAAUGUUUCUGUGGCUGGCAGUAUUUACAUGAACAAGGGAUAACCCACCGAGAUUUGAAGGUAAGCCAAUAAUAAUAUUAUGUUAAUUUUACCAUUUUUUCCGUCUGAAUUGUUUAAAGAACAAGUGGUAUUUUUUAUCUUUAAAGAUGUUUAGUGAUUCUUGUUAUAAUAUAAGUAUUCAGAUAUAAUAUUACAAGAUUGAAACUCCUGUUGGCAGUUGGUCAUUUUAUUGACAAAAGGAUAAAAAUGUUUUCUUUUAUAGCCAGAAAAUGUUCUUUUGGCAUCUGAGAAGAAUGAGACUGUAGUCAAGGUAUUUACAACCACUGGAAAAAUACAUUAUUUUGACUUGAGAUAGCUACUUAGCUUUGUUUGCAUCUGUAAUUAAUGCUGAGACUUGAUCAUCUUGUGUUUGGCAUGAUAGCCCCCUGUUAAUGUUAAGGCCCAUAAUUUGAAACCUAGUAUCUGUUGUUGUAUAGUUUCUGUAGACCUUAAAACAGAUAGUAAAAAUACGAGAAAGUGCUGCCUUCAACUCUUUUCUCUGCAGAAGCUUCAGCUGAAAAAAAGUGGGGGGCAGUGAAAAGAAAAAUGACCCGUUGACCCCCUCGUGCCCCCUUUUGCCUCUUAGGGAGUGCCCUAAAAGUAGUCUGUAUUACAAGGGUUUUUCUUCGCUAGGCCAUGCCACCACAUUAUCAUUAUGUUUUUCUUUUCACAGAUAACUGAUUUUGGACUGUCUAAAGUUGUUGGGGAACAGAGCCUUAUGAAGACAUUAUGUGGAACACCCAGUUACUUGGCACCUGAGGUCCUGUUAACAUGUGGCACUGGGGGAUACUCCAAGGCAGUGGAUCUCUGGAGCUUGGGAGUAAUACUGUUUAUAUGGUGAGCUGAGAGAGUCAGUCAAAUACAUUAGGCAGAAAGUGCAGGUGCCUACUAGUGGGUUUUUUCUGUAGUGAAUGGUUCAGAUCAUAGUCAAUAACUAUGCCCAGACCCAGUCCCAGUAGAGACUUCCUUUGGUCAGACUGCUGUCGUAAAUGAUCUUCCCCCGUAAGAGAUUUUGGGUGAUCAUCUACAACAGGUCUAACUGUUUAUGUAAGCUUACCAUUACUUUAAUGACGAAGUAUUAGUUAUUCCUGUUGUUUCUGUUCUAGAUUUCAAAAAACCCCACAAUUCUGUAGUUCACUUGUUUAACAAAAAACUCACCGCGUGAUUUUUUCAUUGCUUGUAGUCUGGCAGGCUACCCUCCAUUUUCCGAAGAGAUAAAGAAAUAUACAUUAAACGACCAAAUUAUCAAUGGCCGAUAUUCCUUUCCAGCACAGUAUUGGAAGACAGUCUCAUCUCAAGGUAUUUAUUUCCUUUACUUGCUGAUUGCAUAGCGUAAAUUUUCAUAGACAGUGCCUGCACUCUGUGAACAUCUUGCUGCCCCUCAGGCCAAGGAGAUAGGACAGGAUAUUCUAAUAGUUUAUAUGCCACCCUUGGCCCCGUUUCUCGAAAGUUCCGGUAACUACUGGACUAACAAAGCGCUGUCGUUACAGCUUUGGACUUUCUGCAAAGUUUUGUUAACAAGCCAGCUUCUCCCACAGUUCCCUUGUAGGUGGGUUGCUCACAGUAGUCUCACAUGACUGGCUGGAAACAAGAGACUGUGGGCCGCCUUUCACGUACCUUGCAGAUUGUCUGACAGAAAAAGCUUCGCACUUAACCUAUAUUUUACUAUAUGACAGCAGGUUCAAAACUGACUUAAGUCGGGAGUUGAUUAAAGUUAUUUUUCUUUAAUAUUCAGCUAUUGAUCUGGUAAAAAAGCUGUUAACCGUGGAUCCUGACUCAAGAAUCACAGUAGAGGAAGCGCUCCAACACCCAUGGAUAUCGGUGUGUAUCUUAAAUUUAGCCUACGUGGCAGGCACAAAAAGGGGAAGGAGGUUGGGGAGGAAAAAGCGUCCCCACCCUCUCUCCCCAGCCCCCCUCCCUUUUUCCCUUUCUCCCAAUCCCCUACCCCUUUUGAUGCCUGCUAUGCAGGCUACUUCAAUUUAACAUUAAUUCUCUUUAAACUUCCCUGAGUUGCCUACCGCCUUUUACUACCCCCAGGGACACAGAGCACAUCCCCCCCACCCCCUCCCUCCCCGUAAGUCAACCUAAAUGAUUCUGGACCAAAUAGCGCAGUGGCAGGAGCGUGGUGUUAGAAUGCUAUUUCAGAGCUGAAUAUUACUGUCGGUCAUCGGACAGUGUCCGACUAAAAUUUAUUCCAAAAUUUAUCUUGAGAACAAAUGAAUUGUUGUAACAGAAAUAACAUUAUUGUGGUGAAUAUAUGGCAGUAAUCUGUUAAGGUACAAAUCUGACAGUUACGAUACAACAGUUUUGUUUUAUUCGGCCAAAUUGUGACCUGGUCAUAAAUGUGCCCUUUGCCUUUGCCUGUGUAGCGGGUCCAGCCCAUGUAGGGACCAUUACGCGAGUCCAGAUAGUAAGUAACUGGCUGACGAACAAUGAUGGAUGCCUUUGGAAAUGUUCUAAGGAAGUGUCUUUUUUCCUUUUUUUACCUUUGUCUAUUCUAUUCACUGAGUCCCAUGAUGGUAAUACCUCACUGUUAACAGCUCUUCUGUGAAAUGUGAUUUAUUCCCUCCAGGAUGACGAAGAGGUGAUAGAGAAGGCCAAUCAACUUAUGUCAGCUGCAAAUUCAUCAAUGCCUCCACCUUCUGCGCCGGUGAGUACUGUUUUACACCAAAACACUUGUAACUAAGAUUCUUAGUGCAAAGCAAGGCCAAAUACUGCUUUUUGAUCGUCUGUGUACAGUCAAACCUCUCUAAUACGGACACUGAAGGGACAGAGCAAAGUGUCUGUAUUAGAGAGGUGUCUGUAUAAAAGAGGUCACUGCGAUGACGUACAAAAAAUGUUGAUACUGCUGGCACAAGAAGUAAGGGAAUGGGAUUGUCUGUAAUCCACUUUUUGUGUGAUUCCUCUUUUUAAUUAAUUGCAGGUGCCCAGGAAGAGAUCGUUAUCCGAUGAUGAGAACUCGCUUCCAGGGCCCAGACAAAAAAGGGCUUCCACUGACAGUGUGGAGAGUGGGGACACCACCAAACCUAUGUCGUGACGGCACUGAGUUACGGAAUAGCACCGGCCACACGUGUUGCAAAGAUGGUUCUUGUAAUACUAGAAUUAUAUAAGAAACACCUUCAUGCCGUUCCAACUGACUGUGGUAGACAUAAAUUUAAUGAAAUGUAGUACAGUCGACUCUCUCUUAACGGACACCUCUAUAAGACGGACACCUCUGUAAAACGGACACUUAGAUUUGGUCCCUGCCUUUCUUUACUCCCUUUAUUCGACUCUCAAUAAGAAGGACACCUCUCUAAGACGGACACUUAGUGCCGGUCCCAAAGGUGUCCGUCUUAGAGAGAGUUGACUGUAAUCUACUUUUUUUAAAACGGUAUGUUUAUAGCGUUGUUUCACAUACCGUAGUUAGUAGAGGUCUACUAACUGUGCACAAGCGGGAAAUUUCACAACCAUUAUUAAUUGGCUGUUGGAUCGCAAGUCUCAGUCAUGGUCGCUUCUUUUAGUUGAAGUUUUUGACAUUUUCUUGGUUAUAUCCCAAAGAAGUUUACCUUAAAUAUCACUCAUACAGCAUUUUUGCUGUUCCUGAAAAACUAAAGCGCUUUAAUAUCCCAUAGGAAAAUUGGGAUUUAAUGCAACGACAGUGUCGAUGGCUGUGAAAACGUCCGACUAGUAAGGUGAAUUUGUGUUCUUUCGCCUUCAUAUUGAUUAUUUCACUUUGCUUGUGAGUUGUUGGUCAAUUUUCUUGAGAUUAGGCUGCUUGGGAGUUCCAAAAACUCUCACUUUCAAGACGAGGCUAGGUGCAAAAUCUUUCGUCUGAAAAUGAGUCAAUUUAUUUGAAAAGUUCACGUCUCUAUCAGUGCAGAGGGACAAACUUAAAAAGUUUGAUGUACGUGCUGCUGUUUUGCUAAGUAGACCUGUUUGUUUUCCU